AAAGGUAUCAUGAUGCGUAUCAGAUCGCACAGUUGUUGUAUCAUCCCAUCCCUAUUGAACUCUGUGUGAUAACAAGAUGAUGUGGAUGAGUGCUCAUUCUUUUGACCACUGGUUUGGCUGGUCCAGGCUUGAACACAUCACAGGCUGUGGCUAUAUUAGUCAAAUUCAUGUCAGUAUUCAUAAUUUUAUUCAUAAUCAUAACAAUGAGUAUUAUCAUUUAGUUCGAGACCCGAACUUCAACCUUACACAUUUGAAAAUAAACACCUCCCGAGGCAAAGGCAUGUUUCCUCACUCCUUUGUGAAAUUAGCGUGCAAGGUCACAUGACCUAGUACGCGGAAGGGGACGACUUGUCGGAGGAAACCUUGACAAAUGUCAUCGAGAGAUAAACUUAUCAUCACAACAAUAUCACAUAUGUGAAGGCUUGAGCCGUAAUCUAGGCCCCAACAGCUGUAGCCGAAAAUGCUUACUCGUAGGUGAAUCUGGUCAUGCUUUUGUGAGGGCUGGGGCUGGCAUGAACCUCACAGCUAUGGAUUGGGUAAAUAGCACAUUGACACUGGGUGUUAGUCGGGCAAAAUAGAAAUCACUGAAGCAGAGUAAGAGGUGUGGCUUCAUUUACGACUGUGAAGUUGCCGAGUUAAGGUCCGCUCUUGAGUGUUGGACAUACAUCUGUUGGAAUUGAUAUCGACAAUUUCAUAUUCAUUUAUGGAGAUUCCGAUGGUAUGUGCCUUCUGUGGGACGUAGAUAAAGAGCUGUCAGUUUUAGAGGGACUUUUUGUGUUGGUGUCCGUGAAUUUUGGAGGUAUUUUCAUUCAACAUUGUUCAACUGGAGGUAGCCGUCAAGGCCUGUGGAUAUAUACACUGUGUUGUAACAGAGGUGUUCGGUUUCAUGUGUUGCUAAUAACGGAAUUGAUGAUAACUUGUGGAUUUUAUCAACUUUGUUUUGAUUUCAGUGUUGUUUGAGCGAAACUGACAUGGUUUGGGUGUGUGUUAGAAUGUAUUUUCUUCUUUGAAGAGGAUUGUUGUUUUCUAAUAGAAGUGGAAAAAAGGAGUUUACACUUGUCUAUUUCAUCAAGCUGUGUUGAUUUCAAAGGAUUUGAAACGUAAUUGACAUGUCAUGAUUUUGAGAGUUAUUUUUUGAGCAGUGAUAAAAAUUUAUUUUUGCUGUUUGAAGAGGGCUUGGGUUUUAAUAGGGUCUUCUAAAGUGGAAGCGAAUAAUAUAGAGUUUGACCUCUUCCUUAGGAAUAGUUUCAAAACAGUGACAUAUGUUUGCGUGAUAUGUGUCAGUUGGUGAUGACACGAGUCAGCUGUUAGGAAAUUAACAUCUUGCAUGACUGUUCUCACUGGCAGUGAUAGUUGUCAUUAGUGCUGGAGGAGUUAUGAAACAGAAUUACACAAGUGGGGCGAGUGUGUUGGGUAAUUAGUGCAAGUUUCCACCCUUUGCAAUGCCAUGUGUGUGUCCAACAUGCUCAUUAACGACUGUGACAACGAAUAUGAAUUUUAACAGCGUUUUGGAGAGGAAAUUUGAGAUAAAGAAAAAAUUAAUUUGAAUUCUGAAAAUGAGCCGAUGGCAUGACUUUGCGUGGGUUUGGAGGCAGUUUUUUUCGUCACAUUAUGAAGUGUGUCACAGGAGUUCAACAACAUUGAGAAUGUGACGAAGCAUUGUAGGUUAAUAGAGUGCUGCUCUAGUGGAACUGUAUCUUGACGGAUGCAGGUACUAGACGAGAAGACGGAUGACGACAGGGAAAUGUUAUCAUGCACAGGGCUCCACCUCCCUGGGCCCAGCUGACAACAUGGAUCUUUGAACAUCUGGAGUCACGAGCUGUUGAAGUGCUUGUGAAAUUGACAACUGAAACAGAUCAUUUAUGUCACUAAUUGUUGAAAGCAGUGAUGAAAUUGACAACUGGAAUUGAUUAUUUAGUGACUUGUUGUUCAGUGUGCUUAUGAAAUUGAUGAUUUAAGUGGAUUGAUUAAGUCACUAGCUGUUGAAGUACUGAUGAAAUUGACAACUGAAAUGGAUUAUUGAAGUCACUAGCUGUUGGAAGUACUUGUGAAAUUGACAACUGAAAUGGAUUAUUUAAGUCCCUGACUGUUGAAGUGCUAGUGAAAUUGACUACUGAAACGGAUUAUUGAAGUCACUAGCUGUUGGAAGUACUUGUGAAAUUGACAACUGAAAUGGAUUGUUUAAGUGACUAGUUGUUCAGUGUGCUCAUGAAAUUGACAAUUGGAUUGUUUAAGUCACGAGUUGUUGAAAAUAGCGAUGAAAUUGACAACUGCUUUAUCUAAGCACAAGUUGUUGAAAGUUGUGAUGAAAUUGACAACUGGAAUGGAUAAUCUGGGUCACUAAUUGUUGAAAGUGGCAAUGUAAUUAAUGAUUUGAAUGGAUUACUCAAGGCACUAAAUAACUUCUGUUGAUUAACCGAAAAUGGAUCCCAAGAAAAUAUUAUGAAUCGGCAGCCAAAAGUUGAUAUUCGAAUGAGGUGAUGUCACGGCAUGUAUGACUCUUGGGUGUGUCGUGCCAGGUGAAUUUGGAAAUGUGAAUGCUUUUUAAUUGGAUUUACCAUGAAGAGAUCUGGGCGUCGACGAAGCAGCAUUGUGAACAUUCACAAGGGAGACUUGAGUGAGAGUUAUUUCACUGUUCGAGGGGCAGCUCUCAUCCUCCCACAAGGAGAAAGACCUCGGAGAUCAUCGAAAAAGAGCCAUGGGGGCGAUAUCCAGCACCACCUACAGUCUAUGCUGUACCUGCUCAGACAUGAAGAUCGCAUUAAAGUCGCGGUCAAGCUGGAGCCCUCUAGUAUGGACGGCCAUCAGCGCUACAUGGCCUUAGUGUCCACUGUGGGGAGACAGGACACAGAGGAGUCCGUCGUCCUCGGCAUCGACUAUGUCAAGGACCUCUCCACCAUCGGCCUUGUCCUCCCCAUCUACAACGGCACGCAGAUCAGACUCGAUGGUGACGGGGGCUUCAGUGUAAAGGUGUCGGCAGAUGAUCACAAGUUCCUGUUUAAGCCGGUGUCCGUACAAGCCAUGUGGUCCGCCCUGCAGAGUCUGCAGAAGGCCGUGAAGGUGGCCGAGGAUGAGACCUACAUCCCCAACGGUCUGACUCACACCUGGGUGCAGUACUACAUGUCGCAGGUGGACAACUCCACACCAGGCCUUGUCAGCCAGUGGAAUGUGAUGGAGGGAGUGGAGAUUAACCUGUCUUGCCUGGUGCCAACUACAACUGCAGGUGAGGCAUCCGAGAUGAAGGCCAGGAUAAGCAGGAGCCUGAGAGAAGUCAUGAUGAAUGUUGACCUAGACGUCGCAACUUCCAGAUCUCUUCGUCAAGCAGUGGAGGAGGCAAUAGGAGCAAAGGUCACCGGAUUCCGGGAAUAUUUUGACUCUGAAAUGAUGAGGAUCCUUGGACAGAUGGACGCUCCAUCACAGAUCCUGGACUUCCUGUAUCUGGGCACGGAAUGGAACGCUUCCAACAUCGAUGAACUCAAUGAGAAUGGUGUGAAAUACAUUCUGAAUGUGACGAGGGAAAUCGACAACUUCUUCCCGGGGCAGCUCAAGUACAUGAAUAUACGACUGUACGACGUAGAAGAAUCACAACUGAUGCCUCACUGGGAGAAAACCUACAGAUUUAUAUCAAAAGCCAAAAAAAAUGGUUCCAAGGUGCUGGUUCACUGCAAGAGAGGAAUCAGCCGAUCAGCUUCAACUGUGAUAGCAUAUCUGAUGAAGGAGAACAAAUGGUCGUUGGAUGAUGCGUUUGAGUACGUCCAUGAGCGGAGAAAUGUUGUCCGCCCCAAUGAUGGCUUCAUGGAACAGUUGAGGACAUACGAAGGCAUUUUGAGCGCAAGCAAUCAGAGACACAUCUUUAAGUCCCAGUCGGCCGAGAAUCUCGUUGACAUAAAAGAAGAGGAUGAUCGUGCAAGUGAGGCUGUUUUUUUAGAAGGAGACGAUCUCUACCGCCGAAUGUUCGAGUCAGGAUACAACCCCGCUUCUGAGGAAGAGGUGCUUCGAUCAUUGGGAAAAGGUAGAGAUCUUGAAGACGCAGACAUGGUUCACAUUGGAGCCGACCUAGAGACGGGAUCCCGGAGCACUGACUCCCUGGAGGAGUCCUUGCCAGAUAUCCCAUCACCCACCCCAGACCAGCAAGACGCUAGCUUCAAGAAGAAGAGUUCGACAAGGGGAGAAUACUCAUUUACCACACAGUAUGAUGAGGCUGUGGCUACCAGCGGCGAGGUAGCAGGCCUCGAUAUGAUUCAGCAGGAGUACGCAUCUGAUGCGGAGGAUGAGCCGACUCUUGUGUGUCCUGCAGGCAGAUGUAGCCAGAAUGCAUCUCCAGUUAUCAGUAUUAGUGAUUGUGGAGGAGGAUUGGUUGAAGUGCAAGGAGAUUUGCCUCAUGUGUCUUCGCAAUCAAGGUUGCGUCCUGACAAUAGUUGGAUUAAGCUGGAAGCGGAGGAAAACAUGCCAGCCCAGGAAGAAGCUGUGUUUGGUGAUAAUUCUGUCAGUGGGUCUCCCCCCAAAUUUGUGAUUGGUGAUGAUGAAUUCAUGUCAGCACCAGUGCCUGAAUCAAAAGAUGAAGAAGAUGUUAAGAUGGGCUCUCCUGUUUUGACUACGGCGAAGCAGUCCGAGUCCAAAGGUGCUCGAGUUCGCAGUGCUUCCAUGGGAGAAGGGAAGGACAUUGAAGAGUGUGAGAAGUGUGAGGAAGAUUUGACCAAACUGUCCAUCAGGAAUCGCGCUGCAUCCUUGGGGAGUCGGAAGGCAGAAGAGGGUGCAGGGGUCCCUGAUGACAAAGUUUCAGAAUCCACUGCUUGCCAGGAGGGUGAUAAAGUGAUGAUUGAUAAAAUGGGGCAGUUGGGAAUUCGACAAUACUAUACCCGUGAACAAAUACCCUGGUGUCCAGGCACGGUGAAGAAAAUGAGGUCCGACUUCAGUAAAAAUCUUCAUAGCUCUGAUGAGGAAAAUGAAUCUGGGCAGAAAGAAUCAAAACGAGAAAGUCCCACCACGGAUGACCCAGUCCUGGAGAUGAACAUUAUGGAGGUGACUGGUCCACCCGAGAUGAGACCAAAGGGAGAUAACUCUGAACGCUUGACACAAAGCUGUGUAGAGUUACCUUCCCAUGAUGAUGAUGAGGCAGAAUUUGCUGCACUGGAUCUGAGGCGUCCCAAGUCUGUGUAUGAGGAAGAAGAUAUCCAGCUCCCUCAAGGAAUGGUCCGAAUAUUCAAGGAUAGACUGGAAGCUAACAGAACAUCUUCUGAUGACUCCAAGUCAUCGACAGAAUCUCGUCCCAUACAGCGGUCAGCAAGUCUCAAAGAGGAAAGAGAAUCUUUAAAGUCCAAACGUUCCGAACGUCGAAAGACUUGCUCUCCAAUAAUGUCUCCCACUCAGACAGCUCCCUUCUGUGACGGAAACCUUGCCCCUGGAAACAUGCUCCCAGAAUACUGUCAAAGGGAGGAAACUCUACCUGAACAAGAUGGCAGCAGUGCGCAGAUGUCAGAAUCUCAGUUUAUUGAAGAAGGGGACGUCAGCGAUAACGAGAAAAACAUCACUGUGGUCAAAUGUGGCAAUGAAGAGGUGCCACUUGCAAAGGGUCUUGUGCAGAAACAUAAACAAGAUUUCGAGAACCGGAAUGACACAGACUCAAGAAAAAGACUUUCCUCCGAGAGCAGCGUAUCUUCCAUGACAUUAGAAGCCCAUGACUCCCAGCAUUCAACUAAAGAUGACACGCCUGGACUGAAACCUCAAGGCCCAGACACUGACCAACCCUUGGCCAGACAGUCUGGACAGACCUCUGACCAGAGUAGCCCGACCUCUGACUUCAUUCCAUCCAAUUCUGCCUGUGAUCAAACAGAAUACUCAAACAGUUCAGUUGUGUCGGAAAGACUUAUCAGAACUGUCAGGGAGCAGACGUCAAUUUUGGAGGGGAAGGAAACACUGGAACCGGAGAUCCCGCCCGUUUCCCGUGUUUCAAAGAAAAGUAAAAAGGAAGACAAAAGCUCCAUUGAUCCUCAAAUUCGUGCUAAAAUGAGAGAAAUGGGAUCCGAGUUUCUCAACCAACCCCAGAAGGAACCUGAGGAAGAAGUUGUUCAGGAUUUGACUUUGGUCAAGCAGGUUGUCCGGAAUAUCGAGAAGGACACGAAGGUGAAGAAACCUGAGAGGAAGAUAAUCAUCAUAGAGGAAGGGAAGAAGGGAGAAGCAGCUGGCAAAGGAGGAAUUCAGCCUCUUUCUGAAAAAAGCAAAUCCUUUGAUGAUAGUGGAAGCGUAGGUUUGAGGAGGACCCGGCAGUGGGUUAAAGAUGGUGGUUCUGCCAGCUUUGAAAGUUCAGAUAUGAUGGACAAAGAUUUCAAAGAGAAUCGACUUGGUUUGUGUCUGAACCUGGAGGAGCAGGCAGUCCGUUCUGAGGAUGAUGAGCAUCACAAUUCAAACGGGAACAUUUCACCGAGGAGUGACUCAGAAUUGUCAAUUGUGCGUCACCUUGUUGGGCGUUUCGAGAACAUUAAAAGCCCGACGUCAGACUCGACAGAGGGUUGUCGGUCGAAUCGCAGCUCAGUUGGAGAGUUUGGUUUGUGUUUUGUGGACAGUAAGAAGAAGAAGGAUGAGGAGGAUAGUAUGACUGGUGUUGAAAUGAGAUGGAAGCAGUCAGGAUUUGAAACAUCAAGACCAGUGCGGCCCAAAUCAGCUGACCACAUAGCUAAGCAUGACCCAGGGUCACAGGUUAAAGUUCAUAACCAAACAGAGGACUUGACAUCAUCUCAUGAGCAUUUGUUGGAUUCAGGAAAAGAUGAAAGGUCCGAUGACGCACGUAAAGUUCGGCGGGUUCAUGGACAAAGUAAUCCUGUUACUCAACGACUGGGUGCAAGCCCUUUUUACAACACAAUGUAAAAUGUAUCCAUUUGCCUUGGCAUGUCAUAGUGCGUUAAUUGAUCAAAAUAUUUUGUAAUAAUUAUUUAUAUGUCCUGUAGUAUGGUCUUGGAAGGGAUCAUUUUGUUGAUGCUUGAAACAAAU